AUAAUCAGGAGGGGGGUGAAAUAGGAUGAUGGAGGCAUUGAGAGGCGUCAAGAAAAGCAAGACGGGCAUUCUGAAGUCCUCAUGCAUGACUCAGAGCCCUCUGUAUUGGCAUAGUAGUUUCCCAGGACUCGCCAACAAAGUAUCACAAACUGGGUGACGAGAGGAAUUUAUUCUCUAGCUAUUCUGGAGAACAGAAUUCUAAAAUCAAGGUUUUAGUAAGGGUUGGUUCCUUUGGGAAGCUCUUGGGGAGGAACCAUCCUACGCCUCUCUCCUACUUUAGGGUUGCUGGUAAUCCUUGGCACUCCUUGAUUUGUGGCAUGUCACUCUACAAUCUGACCAUGGUUGUCUUCUCUCUGGGUCUUCACAUGGCUUUCUUAUAUGAAUACCAGUCACUGGGUUUAGGGCCCACUCUGAUCCAAUGCAGAUGCAUCUUAACAAAUUAAAACUGCAAACACGCUCUUCAGUAAAGCCACAUUGAAGUUACAGAUGGACAUGAAGUAAGGGGAGCUGUAUUCAACCUGGAGCAACUGGGUUGUGGGGUGCUGGGAUAGGUCCCUAAACAUCCUGGGCUUCUGCAUCUCUCAGAUGGUCCUUUGAAAGUGAUGUUCCCAGAUAACCUGACAAUGGAGAAGGCAGUGGAAAAGAACCCAUUGGUGAGGCUGGGAGGUCAAUACAAACCACCAGACUGCUGGACCUGGCACCACACGGCAGUGGUGGUACCCUACUAUGGGCAAGCCCAGCACCUGCAGCAGCUUCUCUUCUACCUGCACCCCUUCCUGCAGCGCCAGCAACUGCAUUAUGCCAUUUAUGUAGUGAACCAGGUAAACAACACCGCCUUCAACCGGGGCAAGCUACGCAAUGUGGGGUUCCGGGAGGCCAUGCAGGAGGAGAACUGGGACUGUGUCUUCUUCCAUGAUGUGAACCUACUCCCAGAGGAUGAUCGCAACAUCUACACCUGUGACAUCUUCCCUGCUCAUGUGUCUGUGGCUAUCAACAAGUUCAACUACAAGCUGCCCUACCAAGGCUACCUUGGAGGGGUAUUUGCCCUGCGCCCCAUUCACUACCUGAGGAUAAAUGGCUUCUCCAAUGAGUACUGGAACUGGGAUGAUGAGGACGACAACAUUGCUACCAGGGUAAAACUAAGUGGGAUGCUCCUGUCAUGGCCCUACCUACUCUUUGGCUGCUACCACAUGCUAGAGGAGGGGCAGGAUCAUAGCCAGAAGCAGAGCGUCUGGAGGUGAGUCAGUGUGGAGGCGUGGUGGUCAGCCUUGGGCUCCCUGAAGCCUGGGCUUCCAUGGCUGCCCCUUGCCACCCUCAGACUUGGGUCUUCGGGCCUGGAUCCACCAAAGGUGGAGACACGAUGGCAUCAACUCACUGGGCUACAGGCUGCUGGCCAAGGAACGGCAU